UGAGCGUGAUGGGCGGGCUUGGUAUAUAAAGCGGGCGCACAUGCGUCAAUUUUCGAACUGCUGCUGCAUUUCUCCCUACUCUCUUUCUUCUCACUGUGAGUGUCAAAAAUAAACAUAGACGAUACGCGAACUACUUGAAGAGACUUUGAAUACUAAUCUCCUUAUCGCCUAUUAGAUGGCCUCAUUCUUACGCGCCGCUCGUACCACUGCUGCUAGAAGAUCCACUCUCCUCGUCGCCACUGCUAGCGUCGCCGCUGCUCCUCGCGCACGUAUUGCCCCACAAUUUGCUCGUGGUUAUGCCACUGGCGAACAAAAGAAGGGCGGAUCUGGAGGUCUUUUCCUAGGUCUCGCUGCUCUCGGUGCCGCUGGAGGUUAUUACUACUACAGCACUACCCAAGAUGUCAAGACCAAGCCUGCUGCUGCCAAGGAGACCAAGUCUUUGGACACCAAGCCCCUUGACUAUGAGGAAGUGUAUCAGGCUAUUGCUGAUAUCUUGGAAGAUAACGACUACGAUGAUGGUUCUCUCGGUCCCGUCUUUGUCCGUCUCGCUUGGCACGCAAGUGGCACCUACGAUGUUGAAACCAAGACUGGUGGAAGCAAUGGUGCUACUAUGAGAUUCGAACCCGAAGCCCUCCACGCUGCCAACAACGGCCUUGCUAUUGCUCGUGACCGUUUGGAACCCAUCAAGAAGAAGUUCCCUGAAAUUUCAUAUGGUGACUUGUGGACUCUUGCUGGUGUUUGUGCUGUCCAAGAAUUGGGUGGACCUACUAUCCCUUGGAGACCCGGUCGUCAAGAUGUUGAUGACGGCAAGUCCUGCACCCCUGAUGGUCGCUUGCCCGAUGCUGGACAAGGUGAACGUCACAUCCGUGACAUCUUCUACCGUAUGGGCUUCGAUGACCAAGAGAUUGUUGCUUUGGCUGGUGCCCACUCUCUCGGCCGUUGCCACCCUGACCGCUCCGGAUUCGAAGGUCCUUGGCAAGAGGCCCCCACUGUCUUCACUAACGAAUACUACAAGGCUCUUCGUGACCGCAAGUGGGUAAAGAAGACUGUCAAGGCCAGUGGUGCACAACAAUGGGUUGACAAGAAGAACCCUGAUGUUAUGAUGCUUCCCGCUGAAAUCGCCAUGUACAAUGACAAGGCUUUCAAGAAGUUCUUCAACGAAUAUGCUGACAGCGAAGAAAAAUUCUUUACUGACUUUUCAAAGGUCUUCAACAAGCUUUUGGAAUUGGGUGUUCCAUUCAAAGGUGAUGAGAGAGUUUAUCACUUCAAGGCCACUACUGCUUAAAGCAUAGCUUAGCAUAGUGUGUGUACAGUAUAUACCUCUAUCAUUCUAAGAAAAUAAAAUUACAGAAUAUAUGAUUGAUUCAUUGGCAUUCAA